GUGCCCCAUCAUUGGUGUCAGUGGGAAGAAACGUGCCCCAUCAUUGGUGUCAGUGGGAAGAAACGUGCCCCAUCAUUGGUGUCAGUGGGAAGAAACGUGCCCCAUCAUUGGUGUCAGUGGGAAGAAACGUGCCCCAUCAUUGGUGUCAGUGGGAGGAAUAGUGCCCCAUCAUUAGUGUCAGUGGGAGGAAUAGUGCCCCAUCAUUGGUGUCAGUGGGAGGAAUAGUGCCCCAUCAUUAGUGUCAGUGGGAGGAAUAGUGCCCCAUCAUUGGUGUCAGUGGGAGGAAUAGUGCCCCAUCAUUGGUGUCAGUGGGAGGAAUAGUGCCCCAUCAUUAGUGUCAGUGGGAGGAAUAGUACCCCAUCAUUGGUGUCAGUGGGGUUUGGAAUAGUGUUUCAUCGUUGGUGUGUCAGUGGGGGGGAGGAAUGGUGCCCCAUCGUUGGUGUCAGUGGGAGGAAUAGUGCCCCAUCAUUAAUGUCGGGGGGGGGGGGAAUAGUGCCCCAUCGUUGGUGUCAGUGUGGGGGGGGAUAGUGUCCCAUUAUUGGGAUCAGUGGGAAGAAUAG